AUGGACCAGUACUACAUCCUGGGCCGCAUCGGGGAGGGCGCCCACGGCGUCAUCUUCAAGGCCAAGCACAUAGAGACUGGCGAGAUUGUUGCCCUCAAGAAGGUGGCCCUGCGGUGGCUAGAGGAUGGCAUCCCCAACCAGGCCCUGCAGGAGAUCAAGGCUUUGCAGGAAAUUGAGGAAAAUCAGUAUGUGGUGCAGCUGAAGGCCGUGUUCCCGCAUGGUGCAGGCUUCGUGCUGGCCUUCGAGUUCAUGCUGUCAGACCUGGAAGAGGUGGUGCAUGCCCAGAGGCCGCUGGCUCCAGCACAGGUCAAGAGCUACCUGCAAAUGCUGCUCAAGGGUGUGGCCUUCUGCCAUGCCAACAACAUUGUGCAUCGGGAUCUGAAAACUGCCAAUCUGCUCAUCAAUGCUUCAGGCCAGUUCAAGAUAGCAGACUUUGGUCUGGCCUGGGUCUUUUCUCCUGAUGGCAGCCGCCUCUACACACACCAGGUGGCUACCAGGUGGUACCGAGCCCCUGAGCUCCUGUAUGGUGCCCGCCAAUAUGACCAGGGCGUUGACCUAUGGGCUGUGGGCUGCAUCAUGGGGGAGCUAUUGAAUGGGUCCCCUCUUUUCCCCGGAGAGAACGACAUUGAACAGCUUUGCUGUGUGCUUCGCAUCUUGGGCACCCCUAGCCCUCAAGUCUGGCCAGAGAUCACAGAGCUGCCAGACUACAACAAGAUCUCCUUUAAGGAACAGGCGCCAGUGCCCCUGGAGGAGGUCCUGUCAGACGCCUCUCUUCAGGCCUUGGACCUGCUGGGUCAGUUCCUCCUCUACCCUCCUUUCCAGCACAUUGCAGCCUCCCAGGCUCUCCUGCAUCAAUACUUCUUCACAGCUCCCCUUCCUGUCCACCCAUUUGAGCUGCCAAUUCCACGCCCAGGGGGGCCUGCUCCUAAGGCCUACCCGGGACCUCCUCAUGUCCAUGACUUCCAUGUGGACCGGCCUCUUGAGGAGUCGCUGUUGGAUCCAGAACUGAUUCGGCCCUUUAUCCCAGAGGGGUGA